UGCAUUGGGGUGGACAGAGCAGCAGGAGGAGGCGGCGGCUGUGGUGCGAACUUCGUGAGCGGCAGGGAGGGGAGGGGGGACACAAAAAGUUGAAUUCGCCUUCGACUCGGCUCCGUCUCGCACGAAGCUCGGCGUCCCCUGGCUUCGGAAGCGUCGCGCGGCAGCCUCUCAAGAAGGAGGGCUGGCGGGCUGGCGGGCGGGACCGAACAAAGAACAAGUACCGUAGAUGGACUUGGAGCAAGGGACACGUCGCCUGAACGUCUUACGGCCGCGCCACGGGUCGUGACGAAUGGCGAAUCGACAGCUCAAGGAGGGCAGAUAUCGACUCCCACCGUGGAGACGGAGCGUCUAAAAUAGGCCCCCUGUUUUGUGUUGGGAGAUAGACGCAGUGGCGAUGCGUGUCAAAGAACGUGAGAGAUGGCGACGACUUGUGUGGUGCCCAUCAUCCAGCAGUGGAUAUGCAGCGUCUGUUGCGUUAAACAGUUGAUUGUGGCGCCACGUAAAUCAACUGCUUUGAAAUGUAUGAAAUGUAUGUUGAACUACGAAUGUAUGUUGAACACACCACCUUCCCUCAAUGGGAAGGAGAGAAGGUGGGUGUGUAAUGCACAUGUAUAGUACUUACAUAAAGAAUAUUACACAUGCGAUCAGAAUAGCAGGCAUAUUACUUGCUGGGUUAUACUACAGGGUAUUCAUUCGUUCAAGUGUGUUGUCUCUGGCACACUACAACUCCCAUCUUCAUGCCCCGUUUAAGUGAAGCUCCGGUCUGGAUAAUAUGAAGGGACAUUAUUAUAUUUCUUGUGUGGGUGGCAUAGUUGGUUAAAAGCGCUGGCUUAAAAUCGGAAGGUCACGAGUUCAGAUCGACUGACCAAUUGACCUCCUCUACGAUGCCAAUUUGAAUGAGUUACCACUUUGUGAGAAGUCAGCGGCGGUCAUAUGGCGAGGUUGAACCCGGAUUGGAAAUGUGGAAUUCUCACGACUGGGCCAGGAUCACCGACAGAGAUGAGAAUCCUCCCCCACACCCCCGUCUGUUUGAGAAACACUGACUUUGAGAGAGUUGAGGUUUUUUGUUGUUGUUUAACUUUGGUGUUGCUUCACAUGCUAGAAGCAGGUAUAUUAUUCAGCUUCCAGCACUCGGAGUGAAAUGUUACAUAUCACGCCGUGCAUCGGAGAGCGUUAUAGACCUUAGCUCGGGAAAACAACUGGAAAAACCUACGCAGCAAAAGCGACUGUCGAUCCUAUGAAUGCCGUUGCUUGUGGUGGCCCUCGUUUUGCUACCGCUUUGAGGAUCAUUGUCUGAAAUAAAGGACUCUUUGUUAUAAAUGUUGGGUUUCUUGGUUGCACUGAGUUGUGCUCUUGAGGCCCCCCCCCCUCAUUUGUCGGACCAACAUAGUCUGCAGCAGAUAACCCUUCGUAGAUUCUUCAAGGAUAGCUGAGGUUUUCCUGCAUGGAAGUUAUUGAUAAUUGCCUACCCCCCCACCCCACCUUGUUUGUAAGCUUAUCAGGCACUACUAAGGUUUGCUAGAUGUUCCAGGCUUGGAAGUGUGUUUGGCAGAGGUAAACAUUUAUGAUGUUAUGUUUUCAUCGGUUGUAAAGAUAUGAAAUGUAACACAUUGCAUCAUGUAGUGUUUAAAAGCACCGACGAAUGUUCGUUUGACGCUGAAUGUGAAAUGAAGUUCUAACUGACCUCACGAGAAUAGUGAAACGUGAUUUGGUGACGCUGCUUUGGCAGUCAAUAACGCCGUGGCUGUAAAAAAAUACAUGUAAUUGGCGACGUUUCGGGCAGUGGCCAUUCGUAGCACAUGGCUAGAUAUAUUCGCUCGGUUUUGAUUUGCGUGGAACCAAACGAGUCUUGCCUGGGUGUGUGCUGCGAAAUCAUUUGGCGCGUUGUAUUAUUACGUUUGUGAUGGACAGUUUACUUAAGUCUUUGAGCACAUAAGCCGAAUCCUAAGAAUCGCCGAGUGUGGGUGUGGUUGAGGGGCACACGUUCUUGGCCCUUUUAAGUGACGCGUAAGCCGUGUUGCACGCGGCCACGUAAGUUCCCCACUCUUCUUCACAGUAUUGUGAACACCUGGCCCUCCUUCUGUAAACUGUUAGCGUCCGGCGAAAUCUGCGCCCGGCUAAAUCUACGUCCAAACAAAAAUGCUCAUUCGGUUGUUUCUCAGAAGUUUCUCUCUAGCUCUUCUCAUCUCUUGUCACAUGACGCUAACGCAAAGCGAAUGGUUGGGCGUUAACAGUGUGUUCGUUGGACUGCUGACUGUAAAAAAAAGCGACGAGAGAGACCCUUUGUAUCUGUCGUCAGCGAUCUGUCGUUACGCGCCUCACGAAAGGAAGCAGAUGUUGCUCGAAUCAAAGGAAAUCGGCUUCUUGUUGUUCUUGUUGGAUUUGUUCUGACCUUGGUCAGCAAUUACAGCACUGGGCGUGUGUGCUGCCACGGCAUUUUCACAGCAUUUUAGAGUAAAAUCAUUGCUCACAAACGUCGUGCCGAUGGUGUGUGAUACUGAGGUGGCUUUGCAGCUCCAUUGCGUAGUAUAUCGGCUUUUACAAUUAUUUCGUUUUUCACUGCAGUCACCACCUUUACGGAAAUGCCUGCAAUGUUCCCUGUCUUGACGCUGUCUUUAACUUCACCGUUCGCGAACGUCGACUCUUUUUUGGUAAAUAUUUUGUUAUUAACACGGGAGCUCGUUUAGCCAUUGGGGUGACAACGACUUUUAGCUAUGAUCUGCUUACAAGAUCUACUAACGUCCGGUCACUUUGAUUGCAGUUGGGUGAAUUUAUAAAUAGACGACGUGCAAUGCUACGCAAAAAUUAAUGCUGCACACGUAAUAAAUGUGUCACUGGCGCAUGAAAUCAAAUUGCAAGCGCACUUUGUUCGUUCUGAUGUCACCUUCAGAGAUGGCGCCUGUUCGGUUGGUGGAUUUAAUAUUUGUUACUGAUUAAUAACAGAAGACAUUUGGGCUAAUAUUUGCACGUCGAAGACACUUUCGUUUGGACCAAGGUUAAAUAUUGAGCAUCUGUUGUGGUGUUUCUACCGUGGCACCAGACGCGCCUCAUUGUAUGACGACGAGCAGAGAGUAGGAAAAUAAUUACCAUGGUGGUCAUCCGUCUUUUUGCUGAUACUGACCUUUUCAAUUCCUUUCAUGCUAUGCAGUAUUGCAAUUGCGUGAGCAUGAGCUUGAUCGCUUCAUAAGGGCACCUACACCCCCCCCAUCACACGUGGAUAUGGCUUGCAUGUUUUGGACACUGUAUGGCCGCGGAGCGUACUCUCGCGUUCAUGAGAUCGCGCUGUUAAACCCCAUAUCAGCAUCCCAAACAAAAAAAAACCCAUAAAUAAACGUUGGUUACUCCAAAAACAAUGGGUGGACACACAGUACCCGCUCAUUGUUUAAAAAUGGAGGGGCGUGUACACGGAAACUGGAAGAAACUGCUUAUUCCCCGUGGGAGCAGCAGUUAAUGUAAACUAGCAGGCGACUUUAUUCACAGUGGCUUCUCAUUGGAUCCACAUUGCGAAUCGCGUUGUUUAAAACACUGAAAAUGCUGUGGAACGUUGAGAAUCUGCAUUGACAACCGGUGCCAAAUGCCAUCAACAACGUGUCAUCUGGGCUUAACUCACUCCGGCCAUAGGGUGAGGAAACGUGAGCGAUGAAGAAAAUUGUGACGGUGACAUCACCUUGACCCGUUGGGUCGGAUGUGGAAACACUGAUUUGUCACAGCAAACGCAGGAACGCUUCACAUCAGCGUAACGUCAACACGGAGGCGGUCCAUUUAAAGCGGAUGCGGCGCAGCCUCGACAACUACGGGAGCGCAUUUUUAUUCUUCUUCCUUAGUAUUCAGAAUAGAAGGGAGAACGAAAACAAGCACACGCGCGCACAAAAUCAUCGUCCCCGCGACAUGCUGGGCUGCGGCCAACGCCUGGGCGUUUCGUCGCAAGAGCUCGCCCACGAGGGACCUUGAGAGUGAGAGAGAAGCGGCUUGCAGAGCGAGCAGCGGGGACCGAGGCGGCAGGCAUCGGUCGCGAUGUCUUCUUACGAGACGGGCGCGCUGCGUCGCGGGGCGCUGGGCAAGCGCAGCGUCUACCAAGAGGCGCCCGACAAGGGACUCGUCAACGAGCCUGGCCAGAACAGCUGCUUUCUCAACAGCGCCGUGCAGGUGCUGUGGCACUUGGAUGUUUUUCGGCGAAGUUUUCGGCAGCUGACUCAGCAUCAGUGCCUCGGGGAGGCCUGCGUCUUCUGCGCCCUGAAGGCGCUCUUCUCUCAGUUUGAGAGCAGCCAGCGUGACGUGCUCACAUCGGACGAGCUGCGGCGAGCGCUGGCCGAGACCUUCCGUGACGAGCAGCGCUUCCAACUCGGCCUCAUGGACGACGCGGCUGAGUGCUUUGAGAACCUGAUGAUGUGGCUUCAUCGCCAAGUGGCUGGCGAGGGCCACGAGGACGUGUGCACGUCCACCAAUUGUAUCCCGCACCAGAAGUUCGCCAUCGCGCUGUUUGAACAGUGCGUUUGCAGGCGCUGCGGAGCCACGUCAGACCCCUUGCCUUUCAUCCAAAUGGUUCACUACGUCUCCACAAGCGCGCUCUGUGUGACAGCGGAGAGGGCGAGUGACAGGGCUGAGCAGCCGAGCUGCGGCUCGUUUGGGAAGUUGCUGAGAGAGGCCAGUGGGAGCGGCGACCUGCGCAGUUGCCCGGCCGAGUGCGGGGAGAUGCAGCGAAUCCGCAAGGUCCUGAUGAACCAGCCCCAGGUGGUGGCGGUGGGGCUGGUGUGGGACUCGGAGCAAUCGCACCAAGCUGCCGACAUCUUGCACAUCAUCGGCACAUGCCUCUACCUCCCAGAUCUGUACUACCGCGUGACGGAUGAACGGGCCAAGGCGUCCGAGCUGUCCCUGGUGGGAAUGGUGUGCUACUACGGCAAGCACUACUCGUCCUUCGUCUACCACACUCACAAGCGCCGCUGGUGUUACUUUGACGAUGCGCAAGUUAAGGAGGUAGGAUCUCACUGGAAGGACGUGGUGAGCAAGUGCGUCCAGAGCCACUACCAGCCCUUGCUGCUGCUCUACUCGCACCCGGACGCCACUCCCCUCGGAGGCUCGGCGCACAAGGGCGAUAGCUCGGGGCCCGGCCCUGUUGGAAUCUACUCUGACAGCGAGGAUUCUGGACUGGUGCCUUCCAUUCUCAGCGAUUCCCGAACAGAUUCAUCCAACGACGGCCGGGGGCCCAAGUCGGAGGUGGGGCCUCCGCCACCCCCGCGACGCACGCACGUCCUCGGCUUCGACGUGAUCCGCGUGCCCGCGAUGAACGACGCGGGCCGGGGCGAGCCUCCACCUGUGGCCACCAAUGGGUCUUCCUGGACCGGGAGGCCCAGGGCGGACGACGCGAGGGUGGAUGCUCCGCACGAGGCGGGGCGGCUCGGGGUCGUGACCCCGCCCGCCGCGCGCGACCCCCCGGAGGCGUCCGAACAGCUGUCCUCUCCUUCCGCCGGAAGCGAGCUAGCGGACGGUCGGUUUCCACCUCGCCUGUCGUCCGGGAGGAGGCAGAAGGAUGCCAAGGGCAAGCGGCGGCGGCAGGAGGACCUGAACGUGGACAGCGUGUUCAGCGACGGCGAGGCGUGGGGGGAGGGCGGCGAGCGCGAGGAUGGCGGCACCGGUGGCGGGCAGCACUCUGGACGGAGCCCGCGCAAGCGCGAUGCUGCGAAGACGCCGUCGUCUGGAUCGGAGCGGCGCGACAGGGACGGCUCGGCCGAUAGCGGGAGACGGAGCAAAUCUGUGGAGAGGUCCCUGGAUUCGGCAAGGAGCCGGGAAUCCAGCCCCCUGGCUAACGGAGUUGUCAAGUCUGGUCAUCGCUCUCGCCGACUGUACAAGCCACACGCCCUGCUGGGACUCGAGUCGGACAGCUGGGAGCAGGAGUCGGAGCGCAGCGAGCUGGACGAGUUGGAGCACCAGGCCACGCUGCGGGCGCGCGAGCACGAGCAGAAGCGCGCACGCGGAGCGAUGGGCUCCGGGGAGAAGUUCAAUCCCAACCCGUCCAAGAUCCUCGACCUGGACAACCUCAUGCCCAGGGACGCGCGAGACCGAACGACCGCUGCUCUGCUGGCGGAGUCGAAGGCCCUGCAGGAGCAGUCGGAGCUCCUGGAGCGCGAGGGAGACCACGCCGCCGCGCUCUGCCACUGCAACGAGGCGAUCGCCAAGCUGAAGCAGGUGACCGCCAAGGGCGAGGAGAGAACGCGGGCGCUGGCGCAGCUGAGGCAGCGUGAGUGCGCGGAGCGCGCGCGCCACCUGCACGCCGCCCUCUCAUCGCCAAGGGAGCCAGUGCCAACACCAAUGCCAGCGCCAUCGUCAGCGCCAUCGUCAGCGCCGUCGUCGUCAAGAAAACAGGAAACCUGGGCACCCCCUGCCAUCACCAUCACCACGGCCACCCCGCUACCUACGCCCACGCAGCAGCAGCAGCCGGCGCCGCCUCCUCCAAAACCCGAGCGGCUGUCGCCCGUCCCUACCCCCGAGCAACCUCGCCAGCAGCCGCAGCGUGUGGAUCAAAGCGUGCCCAGUGAGGAGCCUUCGGUGAGCGAUGAACAAAGCGUCUUCGCCAAAGCCCAGAAUCUUCCACCAGGAGCCGAGCGUUUAUCUCCAAGGGCCCAUUACUCAGCCGGUGAUGGUUGGCAAGCUCUAGAGCCACCUCGUCUUGACGAUCGGAAUUGGCAGCCCAAGGAAAUUGCUGAAAAUGCUCGUGAGCCUUCCCCCAAGCAGCCCUCUGAAAACCCCAUGAGCUUCUUGGAGCAAGGAAAGACAGCCUUUUCCAUCCAGUCACACUGUGCACCUGCAGCCGAAACGUCGUGGAGUAAACCCGGCCUCCAGGCACAAGGGGAAGAGCCUUCGGGUUCAAUACACGAUAGCCAAAGCCUCCCAGCAAAAGCAUUGCCUGAUAGAAUCCCUCCAAAGCCUCCACCCAAGCCUACGAAGACCAACAGCGUCAUGUCAUUUCUGUCGAACAUUGCUGCUGACUUGCCAAGAAAGUCCGAUUCAGAAAAGACCGCUGCAUCGACAGUGGAAAGCUCGCACAAUCGGCUGCAGAAACCCCCGCCUCAGGAGCAUGUCCAUCCGCCGCUUGCCCCAAAACCAUCUGCGGAGAAAACGCCGCCGUCGUUGCUGCAGAAGGAGGGUGGGAUGGAGCAGCCCCCGGAGAGCGCGCCGCCCCAGAAGUCCAAGAAAAUGAGCAAGUGGGAGGCGCUGUUCGGCAAGCUCGGCAACGAGAAGGAGCAGGAGAUGAGGAAGCAGCGUGAGAUGGAGCUGGACUUGGUGCGGGCCCGCACCGCCGAGGUGCCCGACUCGCAGAGGGCCCCGAGCGCAGCGACGGCACAACCCGGCAGAGACGGGCCCAGCGGCAGCGGCGGCGGCAAUGACGGAAGCAGCGGCGGCAGCGGCGGUGCCGUGAAUGCCCCCAGCGGACCUGUCGCCCAACCGAGAGAACCGGAGAGAAACGAGUCGGAGGACGAGCAUAGCCCCGGGGAGCUCGGAGCCACGGGCGAAUGGCGGGCUGAGCGGGGAUCGGCGCGGCAGUGGACCGUGCCGGAACACUUUGUUUGGGAGGAGUACGAUUCCGGCAUGGACACGGGGAGGGCAGCAACGUCCCCACAAAGCGAGGCAUAUGGUGCAAGUCCCAGAGAAGGAGGCUUUAAUUGGCCACCUGCUGUGCAGAGGACGGCCAAUAGGGAUGUGCCAGAGGAUGGUGGCAACCAAACAGUGGGCAUGUCGGCGAUGGCCACGGCCCGGCAGAGGCACCCCCCGGGAUUCUCGGACCGCAGCCCGUCAUCGGCUCGUGGGCAAUCGCAUGCCCCGAGCGCCGAGCCGGAGAGGAGGAGACCGCCACCCGCCACGGAGCCGCGCACGAUGCUGCCUCCGCGGGGGGUGCUGCAGAAGCCGCCGCCCGGGCACUACGCGGUCGACGGCAGCGGUGGCCGGCUGCGGGAGCAGCAGGACGAUUCCUACGCCGCCGAGAAUCUCCGCAAACUCUCGCUGCACUUCCACGGCAGGCCACCAGCCGACGGGCAGCCCACACCUCGCCACGUCGCCAGCCCGGUCAAGCCGCAGGGCCCCGGGGGCACGCGUGACCUUGCCGGUGGCGUGGCGAGCAGACCCGCGGGGCCAAGCACGGCUCACCGGAUGGGGCCGGCAGAUGACGGCGCUCCCGCUGGGCAGCGCUUGCACGUCCUGCCGGCGCAGUGGGAGGCACCUCGCGAUAGAGUCCCAGACAGUAACGAGGAUCGUAGAGCGCCACAUGGGGGUCGCCACGCCUUGCCUGAAGACACGCUUCCCGCCGGGCCGCUGAGCCACGACACGUGGAUGCCGGACGUCGACGCCGACCGCUCCCCUGCCAAGCGCUCCCUCUCCACCCCAGUGCUAUCGCCCACCGCGGAUGACGUGGGAGCGUACGGUGUGACGUACACGCAGGAGGGCGGCGCGUCUCACGCGUACGAUUACGCGCCUCGGGCUUCGCCGGGCGGCGGCAGCGGGGGCAGUCGUGUUCCUCCAUCGUUGGCUGGCUACGGCGACGUGCGUGCCGCCCCCCCGGGGACGGGGGGGCGGGCACCGCGCUCGGCCGUCCCGUUUGUCCCGCACAGCGAGUCUCUGCCAGGGAAAAUGAGCGCGGACCACGCAGACAACUACGCCGACUACCGGCAGCGGCCGCCGAGCGAGCGGACGGGCCCGGGGGAGGCAAGCACGCAGCCCGGACCGACGUACAAUGUCGGGCGCGUGUCGCAGGUGCGCCCCGUCGACGCCGCCGAGAUGCGCGCCCGUGUCCUCGACCACUACUACGCCACGCGCACACUGGGGCGCGGCUCUCGCCAGGUGCCUCCGUCACCCACGCAGGCGCAUGGGCGCAUCUACGAGUACGAUGACUCCCCUCCGCAGGCUUCCCCCACGUCGCCGUGCAGCCUCAGCGGAGUCUCGCCCAGGGCCUGGCGCGGGGAGUUUGCCUACCCCAGCAGGGACGUCGUGCACGUCGGUGGCCAGGCCCAGCAGAAAGUGCCGGGGCAAGCAAUGUUGGGCCGCGGGGGAUUCCCCGAUGGUUCUGAGUGGUCAAUGGCGGUUGUGCGUUCGCGGCAAGACGUCCCUCCAAGCUCCGCCCGUUUAGAGUUGCCGCACCACGGUUAUAACAACACCAGCAGCACCCUCCCACGCAGCAUUCCACAGACUCCUUCCAGGCAGGACAUGCGACUGGAGGCCAGGUCUCUGCCGCGUGAGGUAGCCUCGUCCGUAAGCCUCUCCUCGCUUCUUAUAAACAACCACCACCAGCGCCAGCAGUACAAGCAUCAGCAGCCUCAGCCCUCGAUGCGGAGCCCCUCGCUUGGUGCGCAUGCCCUCGCUGUGCUGGAGAGGAGAAGCCGCCAGCAGCAGCUCGUGGCCCGGCGUGAAGUGCCCCCGAGUGGCAACCCGCUCAUCCUGUCACACGCUGACGGUUUGGCGCGCGGCCCUGGGCGAAUGGACGUGCCCCCCGACCGCGAGUCGCUCCUGAUGUCGCCGCUCGCUGAUUUCCCCAGGAGCUGGCGGUUGCCGGCACGCGUGGAUGUGCCGCCGGACGAGGACUCUCUCCGUGCGCUCGCGGCGACGUCAUCGCCCCCCGUACAGCCGCGCUACGCCGAGCUGGGCCACAGGCACCCGGCGUUUUCGUACGAUGAGGAGUGGGCGCGAGUGUCGGCCACGCUGCCAUCGCGCGGACGGCGAAACGCGUCGGAUAGCGGCGCUUACGCCGACACGGUUUCCUACGCCGACCCUUACGCGUACGCUGGCCCGGCCAGUGCCGGUGCUGCCGAAUUUCGGCAAGGUGUCAUGCCGGGAUCGCUGUCCUCGGCCAGCCUGAUUGAGUCCGCCAAGCUUGCCUACCCACGUCGCUGAAAGGCACAGCGCAACAGCCUUUUUUUGGGUUGUGCUUAAUACACAAUUCCAUGUUUUUGUUUUAUUGCUUUGGCUUUGUUACAUUUUCGAGCCCAAGUCGCUUCCUGUAAUAGGAUUCAACUUGGUUUGGCAGUGCACGUGCAUUUCAUUAUCUAAAUUGGCCAACUUCCUCCACAAAAUAACUGCUCCCAUUGUCAAAGAUAAUGUAACUUAUUGCAAGUUUCUGUUCGUGAAGAUGCCACUUCAUGUGCUGUGCACAUUUCCGUGGCUUCCUGAUGUUGUCCGCUACGUUGCAAAGUUCCAUUGAAAUGUCAGUAGUGGAAAGAUAUUAUUUUCCAGUUUUUGAGGCUGCCUUACUCUGUUGAAUCCUCAAUUGGAUUUAUUACUUGGAUUUUCUUUGUAAACUAAUGUUGUUUUCGAAUGCUGCGCUCCAUUGAAUAGAAUGCCGUAGUUUUCCUACCACAACAUUUACAGACACUAUGAAUACCAUGUUGCCCUCAUUACUGUUGCUAAAUGCAAAUUCCACUACGUGUCACGUUGGAGUGGUCGGCUGUUUAAAGGAGAGGUGUGGUCACUUUGUUUUGUACGGUUUUACGUUUUUUUACACUUACUUUAUGAUGGGUGUUAGCAUAUAAUACUGUAUUUUCUAUUUACAUCUCCAAACACUAUUUUUACAUUGGCGUAUAUGAAAUGUAUUGCAUACACGUAAAGCUUAAUAUGCCGAUUAUUAGUGAGCUUCAUUUUCAGCAACGUAUCGGAGUGUUUAUGAAAACGUCUAUCUCGUAUUUGACUUAGUUGCACGACAUUUUUUAUGCGCUUUGGUGUCUUGUCAAGGCAGAACUGUUUCAGUAUUUCAGCGGCAACAAGCAAAACUUUAUGCACGCAUACGAGCCAAAGGAAAUCGCGUCGUUGAUUUAAUGGAUGCAAGCCUUUAUGCAGACUCAAGCGGGAUGCAAGUGAUGCCGAGGUUCAAACUGUUAUCCUGUCAUCGCACACACAAGAGCCCUGAAAGUUGCUGUGUAUAUUUUUUGUCAAGUGUCACCUUGCGGGGGGGGGGGGGGGCAUGUGGCUGUAAUUGUUUUUUUGUUGUCAUGCAACCGAGUGGCACACCUGAAACCCAAGUGGAAUUGAAAUCGUGGAUCCAGCCCCAUCGGGCAGUUCGAGUACCCACCUCUCAGGUCCACACAAUGCCGAUGGGCCUUUUAAGUUAGCUCAUCCAUGCGAGGAGUAAUCGGUUCAAGGAUCACGUAGCCCAAAUAUUAAACGGCCCUCAUUUCACUCAUAUCCACUGAGGGCCUGUAUGGUUCCGGCUUGUCGGACUCGCGUGUGCUGCGAUGUCACGAAUGGCACAGUUCUAGUCACAUGACCGGCCGAAGCGCUUUGUUCUGUUUUGUGCUGCGUCCUUAAAAGUGAUGAUAGUCUUGGUCGUAUGUCAACUGAACAGAUGGUGGGAGAGCACAAGAUCCAUAUAAAUGGAGUUGUUUCACCGUUCUCACGGCUUCAACCGUUUACACACACACCCGAGUUCAGCUGUGAAUCCACCACAAGUGCCGAUGUUGCAGACUGGUGACUUGUUCGCAAUAAGGACUUGAAAAUAAAUGUGCGCGAGUUUAAUGGACAAUAAUAAUAAUAGUGGGUGGGGUGGGGGGAGACGCAUUGAAACGACACUCAGGCUUCAGAGUGAGAUGAAGACUUUCAUUGUGAUGUAAAAAAUUUGUUCCGUGGAAUUCUUGUUCCUUGUUAUGUAGAUGUCAUUGUUUUAGAUAUUUACAUGUCAAACGUUAAGUGUACAGAUUUGAUAAUUUGUCAGUUGGCACAAGCUUAGCAAUUGGAACAUUUACUGGAAUUAGCUGAAAGUUUGUGGCUAUAUUGUCAAUAAUAUUACCCGUUGACCACUGUGUGACAAUUUGCUACAUUUCUCUGCGUCCACACUGUAUUCUUGUUCCGAUAUAACGUUAACGGUCAGCAUUCAAUUUUGUGAAUUUCAAUUACACCACUGGAAUUAAAUGCCGUGUGUGGGAUGUCCAGUUGUUGGUCCGGAGAAUGUUAUACGUGGGAGGGAAAAGAUUGACACGCAUGGAAUUAUCACGGCAGUGCGGCCUUUGCACAAAGUGAACGUACGUGGUUGAAUAAGAGGGAAUUCAAGUGUCAGUGUUGGUUGAUCUUGUAUUGGUCUGUGAUGAAGGGGGUCUCGUAUAAUUGCGCCGACUGAUGGAUGGUCCAUAUUGAUGCUGUUUCGAUGCCACCCAGCAGGAUUUAUAGACCGAGUGGUUUUACUGCUCAUGUUGGGAGGUGUUUUUGUUUGCCUAGCAGCCUUGCAGACACACUGGGGGAGGGGUGGUGGUGGACAAGGGAAUUAUUUUAGCAAGCGAUUGGAAAGUGGUAAAGUCCACCUUCAUGAUGCUCAUUCGCAGAAUUGUCGAAAAUUAUCAGCCAAGUAGUUGAAUCUACAUGGGCUAUCGAACCUUACACGUUUCAGCCACAACACUGGACCGGCAAAUCUGCUUGCACAUUGGUCAGGGUUUGGGCUUUGCCUAAACCCUCUUACCGUGCCACUUCAUUGCUUUGCAACGUUUAUUCAUGAAGGCUAAAUGCUGAUUUUUACAUUGAGGUUUUUUGCCUCAUUCACCACCUCCGACAAACAUUUUCUUGGCGCAACACUGACUGAUUCGUUGCUAGAAUUGGCUGGACGGCACGUUUUGCCGGCCCCUGAGCAAGAUGCUCGUUUGCAUGUAUUCCCAUUGUAACGUGGGAUUUGUUAUGUUUUGCAAUAUAUAAUUUACUUAAACUGUACUAGUACACGACAAUCACAUGCAGCUUUGAAACCAAAUACUGGAUUAAAGUUUUGUUACCUGCUUUUUUUCGCCCCCCUUCAUAAAUGUUUUCGUAUUUUUAGUUAGUAUUGUUAUAACACCACUGUUUUGUUGCCUAUUUUAUAAACAUUUUUUAAGUACUAGUUGCUUUGAGUCGGAUAUUUUUGCUAUACAAUGAUUUGAAUCGUGCGGUUUACAUUGUGCCGUUUUUUUAUAAGUCUGAGAAGUGCAACGGCUAUAACGUGAUGCUGAAACAAAAACUAAAAAAAACAUUCUCUGCGGUGAUAAAAAAAAAAUUGUG